AUGGAUUAUCGCGGCAAUUCCACCGCUGUUAUAAAUAACAAUCCUGGAAAUGAAAGUACCAUUAAUGACUACCUCUCUGGCUCCAUCUCUGCUAUUACUAGCCCAACAGGGGGCCGGGGGUCAACUCGAUAUUCAGGGCAACCCAGUCCUUCCUCCGUGAUUGAGGAGCUUCAAGGUCGUUUCCAGAACUCAUCCCGGUUGAGAGACAAAAGACCCAUUUUGAAGAAUGGUCCAAUAAAUCAAGACUACUCUUCACCAGUGUACCAUCGACGAACUGCCACAGCCAUUUCUACAUCGACAACCUCGUUGUCCACAAAACCCCAUCAUCAAUCUGAAUUGACGCUUCCAACGACUACCUCAGCCGAAAUUAUCUUCGAACCUCCUACACGAGCAAUGAAUACCGCAAUGACUGUGAAAAUGGACUCCAAUGGAAAAAUGAGAGCUGGAGGUAAAAUGUGA